AUGUUCACAAAAUUCAAUCAUAGACCAGUAUAAGAGUUUGCUUAUUAAAGAAAACCAAAGAUAAAAGUGUUAACAAAAUUGGGUUUUUAGGAACUAAUGAAGUUAUAAAGUAAUCCAGUAUAAUUUGAAGAGAAAGAAGAUAUGACUCUACGUAUUUAGAUAAAUAUUAACAUAAAAAUAUAGAUCCAUUUACUAAGAAAUAUAGAUCUCAAAUAACUAUAUAAGAGAAAUUAAAACAAGUAGAGGAUGAGUAGAUAGGGAAUGCUGAUGAAUAAAUAUAAGAAUAUAAUGAAUUUGAAAAUAUGAAUAA